UGUUUUUGGUGCACUUUUGCGACGGUUUAUGAAGCUGGGAAUGUGUGAAUUUAGUGUACCUUUUAGGCCUAGUGAGUCAAAUGUAUAAAUAUGUAUACAGAUAGAACAUGUACAGAAAUCUGGGUCAAGCUAAGGACUACAAGAUUCAAAGUUUUUGUUUCACUAUGAAAUAAGAUAUUUUAACCUUACUAUUAUAGAAUUUAAAAUGAAUUUCGAUAAAGACUUUAUCAUGGAAUUAUUUUUGGACGAUACUGUCUCCACACUGAACAAAGUAGUAGUCGCAGUAGCCAACGUUGUUAACGAGAAUAAUGAAAACACGAGCUGUUUUGAUGAACUCGUAAUAAAAGAACAAAGCACUCAAAUGAUGCAAGAUCAUAUACAAAAUGUUAAGAAAAAAUCAGAAGUAACAGAUGUAAAAGCCUAUUUCGAAAAUUUUGUUGUUAAAUUUACUGAACAGGAUUAUAUCGAAAAAUAUCAAAUGAAAAAGACUACUGUACAGGCCCUGAUAAACAGUUUGAUGGAAAUCCAAUCUGGCUGUACAAAUGUUCCCUUAGAGAAAAAAGUCCACAUUUUCUUGUGGAUUCUAACAAGUGAUUACUCUUUUAGUGAGACUGGUGUGUUGUUUGGAUUACAUAAAUCCUCUAUAAGUUACAUCUUUUAUGAAAUAGCCACAAUAGUUACUGAGCAAAGAUAUAACUAUAUAAAUUGGCCGUGUUUAAAAGAACAGCAUAUGACCAGGGUAAAAAUAAAUAGUAGACAUAAAUUUCCAAACUGUGUAGGUUUUAUUGAUGCUUGUAGACUCAAAGUGGGAUCUACAAGAACCAGAAAGAAUGUUCCAGAAACAAUAUUAUUGCAAGCUGUCUGUGAUGAAUCCCUGAGCUUUCUUGAUGUUCACAUAGGAAAAAUUGGAGACACUAGAAAGAGUAGAGUUUUCAGACAGAGUCAGCUUUCUAAAGAACUUAAAAAUUUCAUUGAUUUUGAAAACCAUAUUCUAGGUGAUUCAAAUUAUAGGUUAAGAAAAAAUCUCAUAACACCAUUCACAAGUGAAGAGUUGUUGACAACUGAAGAAAUUAAAUUUAAUGAGGUGCAUUGGAAGGCUCGCAGUUACAUUGGACAUGCAUUUGAAUUGUUGAAAGAUCGUUUUAAGAAAUUAAACCACUUGGAUGUUAACAAACAAGAAUCUAAUAACACUAUUAUCCUUGCUGCCUGUGUUUUACAUAAUUUUGUUAUACUCCAUGAAGGAUGCUCUCAAAUUAAACAUGAGCCUGUAAUUUGUGAUGAUCAUAUUAUUGUUGAUAGAGAAAUUGUUACGACUGCAGUUGAAAAGCGUCAAUACCUUUGUAACUAUAUUAAUUAUCUUGAUAGCAAUUAACCCAUAAAAGCCUGAUAUUUUAAAUCAAACUAUACUGUGUUUCUUAAUAAAGGGGAAGAAUA